AUGUCCACUCACGAAACAUGUCUCCUUCUGGACGACAUUCUCCCUCAAGUACUUGGUUUCAUUUCCGUGGGCGAGAUGUAUAUGAGUAUGAGGCUCGUAAACAAGAAAUGGAAUGAAUGUAUUUUAAAUUUCAGAGUGAUUCGUUCACUCUAUGCUCAAACAUUCAAGAAAGGUGGUGUCUUUACCAGUUUAUUAGCCAUCAGCAUGAUGAAAAAUAACAUCACCCGUGAUGACACUUCAAACCACGGAACUGUAAUGAAACAUGAAAAUAGCAUUGAUACUUCACAACGAUCCGAUAUCUCAGUGCAUGCUACAUUGUCCUCGCCACCAUCUUGUGUGAUUUGGGACAAUGAUCACUUUGAGUGCAUUUUGAGUUGCCUAAAAGGAAAACACCAUAAUGAACAACGACAACCACUCAAAUUCACACUGAAUCAGAAUGAGUUUAAAUAUUCUACAACACCUAGUAAUAUUACCAUCAUCCCACCCACCAGUCCAUUCGAGUGUGAAAAACGAGCAACCUUUGUGAUUCAAUUCAUCUUUUCAGUUAUUUAUGAUUACAAAUUUCAACCUUCAGUUGCUACCACCAAUGGAGAACUCGCUUCAGAUAUUGGAAACAUUUUGAAUCAUUUCAAAGAAAGAUUGACCUCUCCAGGUGACAUGGUCUCAUGUUUACUCAACAUACUACCAAUUGCCAGCGAAUAUUUUGGAGCUAGUAUUUCGCUCCUCUUGUACAAGUUAUUCGAGAGAUUGUUGACUUUGGAUGCUGUGAAUUUUUCGCACUGGUCUAAAUAUUUUCCAAAUAUGAAAUACGCUGCCCUCGUUCAAUCUUCAGAGAAACUCGAUGCUGAUCUUCGUGUGAAAUUAUUUAAUAUGGAGCUGGAUUUCCUUCUUGAUCUAGUGAUCAGUUUGAUUCAGGGAGGCAUGUCAAUUCAGGUAUUUCCAGAAAUACUUCAAUUUACAAGUUAUUGCUCAGAAUUUAUCAUUCCAACAUUGACUAAAUUAGGGCUACCCCUUUCUUCAACUUGCAAGGAUAAGUGUGAAAAAAUUGAAAAGAGUAUUAUCAAGAAUGAAAAGGAUAGAUAUUUUUUAAUGAGCUACUUUUCACACUUGCCAGAGAUUGAAGAUCACAAAUUAACUUUUGAAAAUAAUGUUCACACAAAAUGGUUUUCAAAUAUUCAACAAAAUAACCUCUUGUUAAAUCCACAAUUUACUUACAAGACAUUGGCCAUGCACGUGGGAGCAAUGCUAGACUAUGAAACAAGACAUUUAUCUAUAUCAGAUUUUUUGACCUUAAACAACCCACUUUUCAAACGGUCAAAAAUACUUUUGAGAAAUUACUCUUGUUGGAAUAAUUUAUUGAAUUUUCUUGUCACUUGUAUCGUGCAAGAGAACGAUCUUCACAAUAGAGCACUCAUAUACGAAAAAAUUGAACAGGCCAUGUUGUAUAGUUUUGUAUUGAACGAUUUUGCAGCUGCUCAGCUUUUUAAAGUAGUAUUCGAAACUGGUGCAGUGCAUCGACUUAGACAAACCGCUCAAGCUCAAAAAAAGAGUAGAGAUUAUGAAUUGUUAUUGAACGAGUGUUUUGAAACUCUCACGUCAGCGCACAAUUUCAGAAAAUUACGUGCAAAGGUGAAAGAAUCAAAAUAUUGUACAACAGUAUUAUCCAAUCCAUUGACAUAUUUGGUUUUUGUAUUUGAAGGAAAUUCAGAUGUUAAUCUUGUAUUGUAUCAUUCUACUUCAAUCAUUCGAGAUAUCGGUAAAGUAAUGGCAAAACCAACCAUUUUAUAUCACUACAUGGAAAGAGUUGAGAUGAGCAGCAAGGAGGAAAAGGAAAAGGAAAACAAAUUUCAAAUCAUUUCAAAAAAGAAACUCAAGGACAUGCUAAAAUCCAUGUUCAUACCGAAAUCUCGACAGGAUUCGAAUAUAAUCGAGCUCGAUCGAGAAUUAUUGAAUUUUUUUUAUUUUGUAACUCAACAGAGGAAAUGUGUGAGUGAUGGUGAACUAUUUGAAAUGAGCUUGAAUGUUGAGAAACGACAACAAUAA